CCAUCCAUCUAUGAUUUUAUCUCUCUCUCUCUCCAUCUAUCUAUAAUUUGAUCUAUCUGUCUGUCUCUCUGAUAUCCAUCCGUCUAUCUUUCUCUCUAUCUGUCCAUCCAGAAAAGAAAACUCCCUAAUGUUUCCAAAGUUCUCCAAUCAAGAUAAAGUUUUUUUCUUCUUCAGAGUGUGUGGUUUAUGUUAUGUUUAUGUCCAUCUUUACAUGACAGGGAUACUGCCCCCAGUGCUGCUGUAUUUGCCAGUUUUAAAGUUGAGAUCAGAUAAGGUCUGAUGUGUUUUGCUGUGUUUGGUGGGCAGUUCGUCAGACACACAAACAGUUUGAGUGUCAACUUCCUGCCUCGGCUGGCUGUCGUUCGUCUGCUGAAGCUCUCGCACAAGGAAACCAGAGCAGCGGCAGAAGUGUCUGAAACAGGGCUGCGAAAUGUGCUAGCUCCAAAGCCAAGAAAAUGGCAGCCAACUCAAACCACCGGCCAAAAAGCCUUGACAUCAGUCAUGUCUCUGGUGCUUUCUCUGUGCUGUCCAUGGGGCCCGAGUCCUCCAAACAGGGGCCCAAAUGUGUCCACUUUCAGAUUGGGCUCCAUAAAGAAGAUGUACGGAUCCCUGAGGGACACCUCAGCUUCCAAGAGGCGAAGCAUCUCGCGUCCGAAAUCAUUGAGAGAAAGGCUCCAGAGUGCAGUGUCGUGGGUCUCGGUGAGAAGCUGCUGUUAUUCAGACAUGAGCCGAACACAGAGCAGAUCUUACAGAGACUCACUGAAAAACACGACAUACACAACGGAGAUCUGGUGGAGGUGGUGCUCGCUGGAACAGCUUCACUGACGGAGAUGAAGUACCGUCUUCAUUCUCUGGUCGUCCAUUCGUAUCGCUCUCCUACGUUUUGUCACUACUGCGGUGAGAUGUUGUGGGGACUCGUCCGACAGGGCCUAAAAUGUGAAGGCUGUGGUCUGGAUUUCCACAAGCGUUGUGCGUAUAAGUUGCCCAACGACUGCUCUCGUGUGUAUCGCCGCUGUGGCCCGAGUCUGUCUCUGUUCCCCCCCGGUCGGCCCCGGACCCCGACGCUCUCCAGUCACACCGGCGGGAGCCUGGAGGAGAUCAGCAUGUCGAAGCCGUCAUGCACGCGCUCGCGUCCUCCGUCCUGGGUCAACGUGCCGGUGUCUGUGGGGCUGUCGGAGGGGAAGGAGGCCCGACCGCGAGUCCCUCAUACCUUCCACAUUCACUCCUACACCAAACCCACCGUCUGCAUGCACUGCUUCCGGCUGCUCAAGGGCCUCUUCAGACAGGGCAUGCAGUGCUCCGACUGUAAGUACAACUGUCAUCGCAGGUGCAUGACUCUUGUUCCUCCCGAGUGUAAUGGUGAGAAAGCAAACGGAGAAGAGCCUGAGGAGAACACAAAAGUGAUCACAUUAAAUGAUCUCUAUGAAGAGCUGCGAUACAAAGACCCUCCGACCAUAGAUAUAACACCGCUGCAACCGUCCGUCGCGCCGUGUUUCAGCAGUAAUAUUCCUCUGAUGCGAGUGGUGCAAUCAGUCAAACACCGCAAGAGAAGAAACAGUGGAGUGCUGAAGAAAGGCUGGUUGAUCCAUCACACCAACACUGACACACAUAGAAAACGUCACUACUGGGUAUUAGACGGGAAAAGCAUCACCCUGUACCCGAAUGAAAUCAGCACUAAAUACUACAAGGAGAUCUCUCUGUCAGAGGUGCUGCAGGUUCGAGGUCCGGCUCAGCUCACUGUUCCUGUGUUAGCAGGUAACAGCACACACUCGUUCGAGCUGGGGACCGUGUCUCUGGUGUACUGUGUGUUUGCGGAUCAGGACGGUCCAUCAUGGGAGUCAGCUCUCGAUCAGGCUCUCAGACCGGUGCAGGGCACUGUGUGCCACACGACUAACAACACCGGUGACGGAGAGAACGGUGACCAGACACAGGACAUCAGUGAGCUCUACCAGAUCUUCUCUGACGAGGUGUUGGGUUCGGGUCAGUUCGGGGUGGUUUACGGAGGCACUCACAGACACACGGGGCGUCCGGUCGCGGUCAAAGUCAUCGAUAAAACAAGAUUUCCCACUAAACACGAGGAACAGACCAGAAACGAGGUCUCGAUAUUGCAGAGACUGUCUCAUCCAGGAGUCAUUCAUCUAGAAGGGAUGUUUAAGACCAUGGAAAACACUUUCGUUGUGAUGGAGAAGCUCCACAGCGACAUGCUAGAGAUGAUCUUAUCUCACGAGAACGGACGUCUGUCUGAACGCACCACUCGCUUUCUAGUCACUCAGGUUUUGGAGGCUCUGCGGUAUCUGCACAUGAGGGACGUUGCACACUGUGACCUGAAACCAGAAAAUGUGCUGCUGGCUUCCCCUGAACCAUUUCCUCAGGUCAAACUGUGUGACUUUGGUUUCGCUCGCAUCAUCGGGCAGAAGUCGUUUCGGCACACUCUCGUCGGGACGCCGGCGUAUCUGGCUCCGGAGGUCAUCUGUAGCAAGCGUUACAAUCGCUCUCUGGACAUGUGGGCUGUGGGCGUGAUUUUAUACGUCAGUCUGAGCGGGACGUUCCCUUUCAACGAGGACGAGGACAUCAAUCAGCAGAUCACCAACGCUUCGUUCAUGUAUCCACGCCAGCAGUGGUCCCUCAUCUCCCUGGAGGCGGUGAACCUGAUCAAUAACCUGCUGCAGGUGGUGGUGAGACGCAGGUUCAGUGUUGGCAAAGCCAUGGGUCAUCCUUGGUUUCAGAACUUCCAGAUGUGGUGUGACCUGCGUGAGUUUGAGCAGCGGAUGGGAUAUCGUUAUCUCACGCAUGAGGCGGAUGACGAGCGAUGGAGAUCCUACGCUCUGGAGAAAGGCCUCAGUUUCCCACAACAUUUAGCAGCAGCAGCAAACGAAGAGCAGAAGCAACAGCCAUCAGCCACUUAUAUAUAACUGUGAAUAUUGUAUUAUAUCAGCAACUUUGUGAAUCUGCUGUGUUGUAAAUCUAAUUAUUUUGGUGUGCUUUAAUAAUAUGUGACAUAUUUUUCAAUAAAAUAAGAAAAAGGCUAA